UCAAUACGAUAAUUUUAUCAUAGAUAUAAUUGAAGAUUAUAUCAUAUAGAGCUAAAUAAAUUCAUAUUAUUGAAAAAUAUUAUUGUGUACGUAGUACAAAAAUUGUGCACAUACUUACAAUUUAACCACGAAUAUUUGUUGAACGUAGCGAAGUUUUAUUGGAUACCAUUUAGUUUUAAAUAUGUAAUAUUAUAAUAUAUUCGAUUAACUUCAUGUUGUAGAAGAAACUGUAGCCCUCUACUAACAGAGAUAAGUAACUACAUAAUAAAUUACCGACUGUUCAACAUCUCAUACUGUAUUGUGCGGAUCGAGUAGUAAUUCUAUCAUUGCGUUAUCCAGUGAUUAAACUAUUUAUGUUAGAUUUCCUGCUUCAAGUGUUUAGAAUGCAUACUGUUCCGUCAUUGUUCCUAAGUAUGUAACUAUAAUUACGUGAAUUUGCUUUGGUUUACAGUAAACAUUCCAAGAUAUAACAGUGAUUCGUUGAAGCGCAAACAAGUGCCAGUAUUUGAGGAAAUUCGUGUGUACAAAUUCACAUAUAAAAUUGAUCAUAUUCGAACUCGGUUUUCAAAGUAGUUUGAGCAUGGAUUUAAGUGUGUGACAAUCGAAGAAAAAAUUGCAACAUUAGAGAUAUUGGAAUUAGCUCGAUAAAUCUCAUUUAUUAAUCAUUCAACGAAUCAGAAAAUAUGUCUGUCAUAUUGCAAUGGCUCGAUCAUGGGUAGGAUGUUUGUUCGGUGUUUUAAUACCAUCCGCAGUUUUUUACCUGUAUUUAUUAUUAAACGUUCCUUCUGGCGAAAUCAGUUCCUUCAAAAUUAAUGGUAAAUUGGGCUCAUCCGUGGAUAUAGAAAAAGCAAGUCCACAUAUAGCUACUUUCGAAAAGUUGCGCUUAGAAAAUAAUCACAAUGAGGUAAAAUGCGAGACUGUGCAUAUUGCGAUGGUGUGCGCCGGAUACAAUUCAACAUUCGCUCUGGUGACAGUAGUAAAAUCCGUUUUAUUCUACCGCACUAAACCUUUGCACUUUCACUUGCUCGUUGAUGAAAUUGCAAAGAGGACUUUGACAACUGUGUUUCAAACAUGGGAUUUACCACAUGUGAAUUUAACAUAUUACAAAGCAGAGAAAUGGGUACCAAAAGUAUCUUGGAUACCGAACAAACAUUACUCCGGUGUUUACGGUCUUUUGAAAUUAAUUCUGCCGGAUGCGAUGCGGGAGGAUAAAGUGCUUGUAUUCGACACGGAUGUAACUGUGCUGAACGAUGUUAGUUUACUUUGGCAUAUAUUCGAGAAGUUCUCGAGCGAUCAAGCACUAGGGUUGACAGAAAAUCAGAGUCAUUGGUACAUAAAGGCAUUGUCUUACGGUCAACGACCAUGGCCGGCACUAGGACGAGGCUUUAACACUGGCGUGAUGCUAAUGCACUUGCAACAACUUCGUAAGAGAAAAUUUACGAGCCUGUGGGAAGCUGUUACGAAGCGUGUGCUGGCCCAUAUACCGGAAACUAGUUUAGCUGAUCAGGAUAUAAUAAAUGCCGUUAUCAAAGAACGUCCUUUUAUCGUAUAUAAAAUAAAAUGCACGUGGAAUAUUCAAUUAAGCGAUCAUACAAUUAGUGAUAUAUGUUAUCGUGACACUAGUCAAAUAAGCAUUAUUCAUUGGAAUUCUCCUCGCAAACAAGAUGUAUAUAAUAAGCAUAUUAACGAAUUUCGUAAGUUACAUAGAGUUUUCCUCGAGAUGGAUGGAAAUUUAUUACGUAGACGCUUAUUUGGUUGUGAUAAACACGAAACUGUGUCUCAAUAUAAUGAGUCAAGUCCUUGUCGAGAUUUCACAAAAGGUGCUACCAUGUUGUAUCGUACUCAUCCUUUCCUUCUUGAGUAUGAAUACAAUGUAUAUACUCCAGCGGAUGUUGCUCUAAUAACUCAGUGUAGCGUAGAGAGAAUACCGUUACUAGAAGACCUAUCGAAACAUUGGCCCGGUACCAUAAGCGUUGCACUGUAUCUCACCGAUGCUGAAGUACAGAAUUUCCUAGAGUUCGUACGCGGUUCCAUCGAGUUGAGAAACAGGAAGAACAUCGCAUACCACGUCGUUUACAAGGAUGGGGAACUUUAUCCAAUUAAUUAUUUACGAAAUAUUGCGAUGUCAUAUAUAUCAACCCCAUACAUCUUUCAAUUGGAUGUCGAUUUUCUGCCUCAAUAUAGAUUACACGAAAAUCUUAUGAAUUAUAUUGUUAAAUUGAAUAUUAGUGAAUCGGACAAGGUAGCUUUGAUCGUUCCAGCCUUUGAAACAGAGCGUUAUAGAUUUACUUUUCCUGCUGACAAGGAUGAACUCUUGAAAUUUUUAAAGCGCGGUGUUCUAUAUACUUUUCGUUAUCACGUUUGGACCCAGGGUCAUGCUGCUACUAAUUAUACUUAUUGGCGUAAUACAAUGGAGCCAUACGAAGUUUCUUGGGAACCAGAUUUUGAACCGUAUAUCGUGGUCUCAAGAUUAGCGCCCCGUUACGACACCAGAUUCAUCGGUUUUGGAUGGAACAAGGUGUCUUAUUUGACGCAUUUGACAGUAUUGAAUUAUAAGUACAUUGUCUUACCGGAUACAUUCAUUAUUCAUCGGCCUCACGCCCCUAGUCUCGACAUCGGCAAGUUCAGAACUGACUCUAUUUAUAGAAGCUGUUUAAAAAAAUUGAAGGAUGAAUUCGUUGAAGAAUUAAUGUCGAAAUAUGGUGAGAAUGCAUUAUUGAAGUUAAAGAAAAUGACCAAAGAUGAAAGAAUAUUAAAGUCUGUUGAAACCAAAAAGUAAUUAAUUAUAUUUGUAAUGAUAAGAACGACUGCGAAAAUGCUAAUAUUAUUGCUAUUUUCUCAAUAAAAAUGUAUUUAAAAAAAUACAUAUAUAUUUUCCUCUAUUUUUCUAAAUUAUUAAUUGAAAAUAGACAAUAAUGGGGUUGGGAAAUAUUUAUUAAAAUUUAACCAUCGUGGAGUGUACAGAGUGGUGCUUUCAGUACAUUCUCUUAAUGUUACAGUCACGCUAAAUAUUUCAUUUAUAAAAUAUGUAUAAUAUUUACAAUGAUAGUACAUUGACAAUGGCGUAUAAAUUAUAAUCGGCCAAAAAUGUUGUACAUAAUAAAACUAAAUUACGUUAGAAAGCAAAUAGUACAAUUUUUCUGAUAAAACUUGCUAAAAAUAAUCACGAUCACAAUAAUAAUAACAACAAUAGCGAUAUAAAUCCGAUAGAUCGAUUAGGAAUAUUAAAUAUUAACGAUAUUAAUUAUUACUUAAUAAUAAUAUCUAAUAAUAAUAGCUGUGAUAAUAAUAAUAAUAACACUAAUAUUAAUAAAAAAGACAAUAUAAUAAUAAAAUAAAAAAAAAAAAGACAUGAUCAUCGUCCGCAAAGAUUUUUUACCUCGAUUAUCCAUUCUUAACAUUCCUAUGUCAUCUAGAAUCUAAAGUAAAAGAAAAAAUCUUGAUCGCUCUACGUUUUCCCUAGAAAGUUUUUCUUACACCUAUAUCGUGACACGUAAACAUAGUUCCUUUACAUUUAUAAUAAUCCUAUUUACGAUAAAAACACUUUAAAGCGUUCUUAUCCUGUACAACUUAGAGCUGUACGAGAUACGAAAAUAUGUUAAUGAAACAUCAUUUAUUCAUAACUCGGCCCCAUGAAAGUCCGCGUACAAACUCGUCAAAUAUCUGAGAAAUCUGGACGCGGCUGGAUCCAUAGAAAACGGCGCCCUAACAACUCUUCGUCAGGAACAUGCUUUACAUUCUGCACGGUAUUAUCGUUACAGUAUACAUGUGGAAAAUCUUUCUAUAAUAUAUAUUUUUUUUUAAACAAGUGGCGAUGGAAUGAGUUAGGCAGUUUCAACGAUGAUUUAGGACACGACUUCAGCGAUCAAUCGAGAAAGCACAAUUAUUAUUAUUAUUAUUAUAUUUUUUUUUUUUUUUCAUUUAGAACUAUUCGCAAUAUAAUUCUUUGAAAAUCAUUUGAUUACUCAAGAUUAUUUACGAGUAAAUAUCUAUUAUAUUAUUUAUACUAUUUCGUAUCUCUUUGUUCCACUUUUAAAGGACAUAAAGUUCUAAUCUAUGUUUUAUACUUUAUGUCACAAAUAUUUUUGAAAACUCUGGAAAAUAAUCUUGAGUAAUCAAUUGAUCUUAAACUUGUACCAGCAUUGUCCGCAAAUAGGAAAAACCUAUUGUAUCUUUGUCUCUUUUGUUAAGCUCCUUCAUAUUUUUCACCAAUAUACAUAUACUUUUUCAUACAGAAUGGCAUUAUCUAUGUUCCCACAGUCAAAAGAAAUAUUCUUAAGGAAAAAAACUUUCUAAAUUUUUAUAUAGUUUAAUAUCAACAAUGCUGGUUUACACCAAAAUCUUCUAAUGUAACAUCUUUCUGAUGAAAUCUUCCCCUAGAAGCGUUUACACGAAACGUGGAUCAUUUAUAAUCGUAGUAUACUUUUGCGAUUUGAUAUCUUCAAAGUUCAAUUAUAUUAAAGAAAUUAUUUUGGAACGAACAUCGCGUAGAUCAUUUCGAGUUCUUCACUUCGUCAUUAUGAAUCUUUUGUUGUUACGAACGCAAUUCCUUAUCGAGAAAUCUAUAGAACUAAAGCUAAAUGAAAUUAUACAAUUUUCUCAAUUUCAAAAGUGUCAGUCUUCGAAAAAUGGUUACGAUAGAUCGAUGAGUAAAUAAAUGCAAUAUAUAAUUUCACGCGAUUUACAGUAAUACAAAACGAACGAUAUUUAAACAUAUGAUACGCAUAUGUAAAUCUAGAUGAUUCGUACGAUAAUAUAAUCGUUAAUAGAUCGUUACCAUACGGUAAUUUGUGUGCUCGAAAAUUAGAUUUAAAAGCUCACAUUUAUCGUUUAUUAUAUUUUUCAUGGUCUUUAAUUUCAGGAGAAAAUUAAUAUUUUUAUUGUACUCGUAUAAUUUCUGCUAAUUUUUAUAUACUCAACCAUAUCAGAUCAGCGUUUUACAUCUCAUUUCCGAGAAUUAAUUAAUUGUUAUGAACUUUUUCGCUUUAAUGAAGUAUUUCAUUACGUUUGAAAGAAUCGUUUAAGAAUACGUUUAAAAAAUACAUUUCAAAACAGAAAUAGCAUAAUUAGGAAGAUUAUUAUCGUCCUUUUUUGGAAUGAAUUCAACAUGUUUCAUUUGUCUUGCGAAUGCUUCUCGAAUGAAUACAUUAUUUCUGGAAUAAAUCUAGCGAGAUAUUUAAAUUUUCCUCACAAUUAACUAAAUUUAUUUGUACUGUCGAAUUUGUUAUUUAAAUGUGCCAUAAUAUAAUAAUCUAUCGAUCUUUAAAAA